AUGACAUUCAAGUUCACUUUCAGGUUGUGCUGGGGAUGGGGGUCGGGGGAGAGAGCAAAGCUCGGAAAGAAACGUUGUGAAGUAUGGAGAACAGAUAAAGAACGCGGCGGAAAUAACAAUGUGCCAGCUCCAUCUCUAGGCCACAAGAGCACGGUCCCUUCUAAACCUUCUGUAGUGCUAGUGUCCCCCAGACAUGUGAGCGGGCACCGUCAAGAGCAGCACGGCUGUGCACGUGACCCACGCGAUGGCCACCAUGAAUGGAUUCCCGAUCUCCAUACCUGCUGCAAUACUGGGUGGUUGUCGGAAGACGUGGAGAUGCUGGAAGACGCCGUGAAGAUCCUGGAAGACGUGGAGUUGCUGGAAGACGAGCAGAUGCUGGAAGCCCUGGAGAUGCUGGAAGCCCUGGAGAUGUAGGAAGACAAGGAUUUUCUGGAAGACAUAAAUUUUUUGGAAGACAUGGGUAGGCUGGAAGACAUGAAUUUGAUGGAAGACACAGCUUUGUUGGAAGACAAGGUAUUUCUGGAAGAUGUGGAUUUUCUGGAAGCCAUGGAUUUGAUGGAAGACUUGGAUUUUCUGGAAGACCUGGAGGUCAUUGGAAGACGUGGAUUUCCUGGAAGACAUGGCUUUUCUGGAAGACGUGGAUUUUCAGGAAGACCCGAGUUGUCCGGAAGACCUGGAUCAUUUGGAAGACAUAGAUUCGCUGGAAGACCUGGAGGUUACUGGAAGACAUGGAUUUUUUUCUGGAAGACGUGGAUCUCUAGGAAGACGUAUAUUUGUUGGAAGGCCUGGAUUAGUGGAAGACAUAAAUUUUCUGGAAGACGUGGCUUUAUUGGAAGACCUGGAUUUCUUUAAUAUGGAUUUGGUGGAAGACGUAGAUUUUUCUGGAAGACAUGGACUGAGUGGAAGACCUGGAUUUCUUUCUGGAAGACAUCGGUUGGCUGGAAGACCUGGAUUUCCUGGAAGACAUAG